CAUUCCAUUCCCCUCAGUCGCGUGUCGUUUAUUCAUCAGCAUGAUGUCCUCGGUCAUGGCAUUGUAAGGCAGAAGACGCGAUCGACUGCUCUUCUUCCUUUCAUUGAACGCCCCCUUCCCUUUUCCCAACUCUUGAACCAUCGAAAAUCUGUAAUUACUUCUCCGGGUUGGAUAAUCAACACUCGGAGCACCCAUUGGUUCACACACUUUCUUUACCACAACUUGUCCUCCCUUCCUUGCAACUUCAGGCUCCAAUCCAUUAAGCCAUGGCGGGUAUGAACCAGGAUGAACUCUUAGAACUGCAGGAAAACGAGCUGGAGGCUCUUAAAGCCAUUUACAUGGAGGAUUACCAGCCCAUCACCAUACCAUCGGCAUGGAAGAUGGUGCCUACAGUACCCGAAUUCCGGCUUCAUCUACUACCUCAGGAGGAAGAAUUGAAGCGAUAUGUGUCUGUGGACUUGCGCGUCAAGUUCACGAAGACAUAUCCCAGGACAGCGCCAGACUUGAAGAUCGAGAAUCCCAGAGGACUGUCUACGGCGCAAGCUCAGGAAUUAUCGAAACUCGUUCCCAACCAGGCAAAGGCAUUAGUUGGGCAGGAGAUGAUGUACGAAUUAGCAUCAUUCGUCCAGGAAUACAUCACCCAGAACAAUUCCAGUCUCUUCAUUAAACACACGAGUUUCCACGAGCAAAUGCUACAGCGAGUGGAGCAGACGAACAAGGACGAAAAGGAGAGGGCAUUUGAGGCGAUGACCAAGAAGCAGGAGCUCGAAAUGGAGGCUAGGAUGAAUGCGGACAGAACUCUGGACCAAAAAAUUCGCGAAGAUCUGAUGCGCAAGGAGGAAAAGAUCAAAGAGGAAAAGAAGCGCCAGAAGGAACUCAAAAACAAGCAACAGGAGCAAUUCGGCGGAGAAUACAUGGACGGCGGAUCGGGUGGUGGAUCCGGAUAUGGACUGGAUGCUGUCAGCGUGAAUUUCGAAAUGCCGAUCAUGAUUUCCCCAGAAGAUUCUCAGGCUCCUGCCUUCCGCUCUGUUUUGAGAGGCUCGUGUCUUUCUCGCGGCUUGAUCAGCUCCACUUAUUCUGCAUUGCCUACCAACUACACCGCACGGCCACAUUCAUCAGCAGACGUUCCAUUCUUACUCUUGAAGACAUUCGAUAUUACAGCGCCGCACUACAGCACCCACCUUGGAAAGAAGAAACUACAGGACGUAGAAAAGGAGUUGUCAAGGUUAAAACUGUUGCGGCAUCACCAUCUCGUCUCCAUCUUGGACUCUCGCCUUGAGAAAACCGCCAAUGGAUGGAACCUUCAUGUUUUGACAGACGGGGGUUCUGCGAAUAUGACCUCUCUGGAAUCGCUUAUCAACAUUGCAGGCAGUGUCAAACUUGAUAAGACCCGGAGAUACCUCAAGGAGCUCCUGCAAGCGUUAGUCUAUCUCCACUCUAACAAUGUUAUUCACAAGGACAUCAGGCUGAAGAACAUUGUGCUGGAUCCGAAUGGAAACAUUAAACUCAACAACACGAGCUACCAUCGACGACUAUUGGACAUGCACAAGAUAUUCAGUUUCAAUGUUGACGCUGGCCAGGAAGUCCCCAGAGCAUGGCCAUCACCGGAUCCUCAGGAGGCGUCCAUCGUUUACACCAGGAAGCAUGACAUCUGGUGUCUGGGGCAAGUACUCGUCGAGAUGCUAUGGGGCAACGAUGUCACCAGGAUAUUCAGUUCACCUGCACAGUUUUUGGAAUCCGUGGAACCCAGCAUCCCCAAGUUGACCAAGGAUAUCAUCACGAGAAUGUUUGAACUGGAUGCCAAGAGGAGACCAAGCGCUGCAGACUUGUUAAACGAUCCUUUCCUAGGAGAUGAGGCUGGUGAUGACAGUACCUUGGCCCAGUUCCAUAUGUAUCGAGAUACCGAGAAUGAUUCAAAGCUUGGCAUUCGAUUGUCUCAGAUGCCAGCAGCCAUUAAUAUACCUUUGCCCAGAGUGGGGAGGGAAUCAUCCAGGUUGGACGAUAUGUACGUAGACGACUCUAUUAACCAACUCAACACCUCGCCUCCAAAGGGUAACAACUUGUACUCGCGUUACAGGAGCGACUUUGAGGAGAUUGAAUUCUUGGGUAGAGGUGGCUUUGGGGAGGUCGUCAAAGCUAGGAACAAACUGGACGGCAGAUUCUACGCCAUCAAAAAGAUCAAGCUGGAUCCCAAGGACAAUGUAACUAACCGUAAGAUUCUCCGAGAGGUUACGACGUUAUCCAGGCUACACCAUCAAUUCGUGGUCCGAUAUUUCACAACAUGGUUCGAGGACAUGAAUGGGGCAUCGUGGAGCGAGAAUAAUAAGUUGGAUUCCGAAGACGAUUCUGAAGACGAAGAGGAUGAUGAUGAUGACGACGACGACCUCUCCUCAUACGAAGAUUCGACCCAGGUGGUGAAAGACCUGAAGUACGACUUUCUGUCCGAAGGAUCCAAUAAUCGCAAUCACAGCUACGCCAAUAUCCACUUUGGUCACCGGUCGAGAGAUGUUUCAGGACUUGCUGAAAGCUCGUUUGGAAUGAAUGGGUUGGCUCUAGAUAGCUCAGAGGGAUCUUCAGAGGAAGACUCGGACUCAGGAUCAGAAUCGGAGAGCGACUACGAUAGCGAGUCUGGAUCAGAAUCGGAUUCGGACAUUCGGUUCGAGUCAACAGAAACCGAGGGUGCCGCCGGGGAACAACAGCUCAUUAGGAAGGUAGCGGUGCAUCAAAAGAAGAAGCCAGCGCCAAAGUCGUCGAGAACGCUUUAUAUUCAGAUGGAGUACUGCGAAAGGCAGACGCUAAAGGACCUGAUCGACAUUGGUUUGGACCCGGACGACGGCUGGCGCUUAUUCCGACAGAUUCUGGAGGGCCUUGUCCACAUCCACUCUCAAGGAAUGAUCCAUCGCGAUUUAAAGCCGGUCAAUAUUUUCCUGGAUGCCAAUGGUGAUGUCAAGAUCGGAGACUUCGGGUUGGCGACUAGCAAUUCGCAACUGUUGAGUGACCUGAAGACGCAGAGCCAGGCUGUCAACGAGACGAUCAUGAUGAGCCGUAGCGCAAGUUACGAUAGGGCGCAUGACGAUGGGCUGUCCCUAACGACUGGUGUGGGCACUGUUUUCUAUGUCAGUCCGGAAGUGCUGAACGGGACACUGAACGGGGUUCGAUACAACUCUAAAGCGGACAUGUACUCUCUGGGCAUUAUCUUUUUCGAGAUGUGCUACCCACUUGCUACCGGCAUGGAGCGUGCCAUGACCCUCAGGAAUCUGCAGCAACCUGAGAUUAUUUUUCCCAAAGAAUUUCCCAUGGACAAGAUGGCGGCACAGGCGCAGGUCAUCCGGGCAUUAUUGAGUCAUAAUUUGAAGGAACGGCCCAGCAGCUUGGAGCUUUUGCAGAGCGACCUUUUGCCACCUAAGCUGGAGGACGAAUAUAUUCAGGAGUGUGUGCGGACCAUCGCCAACCCCAACACGCCGUACUACCAUCGGCUGAUGUCGGCAUUAUUCGCCCAGAAUGCCGACAAGCACAAGGAUUACACUUACGACUUUAAUGCGGAGAACAAGACGUGGGAUCCAUUUUUUUCUCUUUUCUAUGGCAAAGUGCGGGACCAAAUGACUAACAUCUUUCGGUGCCAUGCGGCUGUGGAGCUUGGCACGCCUCUUUUGACGCCCAAAAGCGACCUGCACGACAGUGACAAGAAAUUGGUGGCACUGAUGGAUUCCACAGGAGGAUUGGUGCAGCUGCCCUACGAUCUGACAAUGCCCUUUGCCCGAUUUAUCUGCAGGAAUGGAAUCACUCAGCUGAAGCGAUUCUGUUUUGGACGCGUCUAUCGGGAGAAUACCGUCGGCGGCCAGCCUCAGGUUGUGUACGAAGUCGAUUUUGAUAUUGUGCACAAUACUCACAAUCCAAUGGUGGCGGAUGCGGAGCUGAUUAAGGUCGUGGACGAGCUCUUGGAGGAGUUUCCCCCGUUUAAGGCGAGCAACGGCGUAUUUUUCCUGGUCAACCAUACCAUGGUGGUGGAGGCGAUCUUUGACAAUUGCCGAAUUCCGUCAGAAAUCCGCCCGGGGGUUUAUACUAUCUUGGGACAGCUUGGCAGGCAAUACCAGCACAUGUCCCAGGUCAGGAACCAUCUCAUGUCUGUCUAUCACCUGCCACGUAGCGUCUUGGACGAGCUGGAACUGUUUGAUCGAAAAGGCGAUUUGGAGACAGUGGCAAAGGCAUUAGAGGAUCUCAUUACUGCUGAGCCGAUGAAGACCAAGCUGCGGGAUGCUUUGGUGGAGCUGCGGCUGUUGAUGACAUAUUGCAAAACCCUGGGAGUGCGGCAUAAAAUCGUCUUCAGUCCGCUUCUCAUGUACAACAAUCAAUAUUACAAAGGUGGAAUGAUUUUCCAGGCAGUGGACGAUGCCAAGCGUAAAAACAUUCUUGCUGCAGGCGGACGGUACGACUCAUUAAUCCAACAGUUUCGACAUCCGGUGAUCGGUGGUCCUCAUCGCAAGGUCUAUGCUGUGGGAGUUAAUCUGGCGAUGCAAAAGUUCAUUGCAGCCAUCUCACAGUAUCAGUCUGAGCACUUCCGGUACGUUGUAGCCAGCAGCAAGUCGAAUCGUGGUCAUGGCUCAGGUGGAGCCAAUUCGGGUCAUGACGAGGAGAAAUCAUUCGGAUUGUGGGCACCCAAGAGAUGUGACGUAUUUGUGGCGAGCUUUGGCAAGGUGCUUUUGCAGGAGCGUCUAGAACUGGUUCGGGAGCUAUGGGCACACGGCAUCAAGGCGGACUAUAUGCUCGAGGAUGGUACAGACUUGACGCCCGAGAUGUUGGUGACGACAUGCAAGCACCAGAGCAUUAACUGGAUUGUGAUUUUGAAGAACAAGAACCAGCUGGAUGCGCAGCAGCGAAAUAAUCGGGACUUGAUGGGCAUGGUCAAGGUCAAGAACGUACUUCGUAAGACGGAAGAUGAGGUCCCUCGAUCUGAGCUCUGUAUCUUGUUGAAGGCCGAGAUUGCGGAGCAAACUCGGCUUGAUCUUCAGAUGGCGGCCAUGGUGGGAUCAGGAAAUAUCGGGUCCAAGGCGCGGAAAUUUGUGGAUGCCAACGGUGGACACCAUCAUCAUCACGCACUCGAGUCCACAACAGCAUCUGUGAGCACGCGACAUGGACACGAUCAUCACCACCACAACUCUCCCGGGGAAUCAUCGCAGCUGCAGACGGACUUUAAUGUGAACGUGGUCAGCUCCUCGAGGAAUCGACUGAAGCACAAGCAGAAGACCAUGCUCAUUGACAAAGCGAUCAACAACCUGGUGGGAGUGACCAAGAACUUGGUCAGCGGCACGGUUCCGGUACUGGCGGUGGAUCUGUCGAAGGACAACCUGCGCAAACUAGCACACUGCAAUGUGGUAGAGGACGACAGCUUCCGCAAGAAUGUGCUGGACCAACUGAGUCCAUCGCAGCGUGACUAUUGCUUGUCGAUUCGGGAGGCGAUGCUCAAGGUGCGGCAGGAGGACGGUGGCCAGAAGCAUGUCUGGCUUUACUCGCAUCGGGACGAUUUCUCCAUCCUGUAUAAUUUUUGGUCCUAGUUUAAAGGAAGGGGGGGCGCCAGUGUGUCGCUAGUUGAGCUACCUUUGUAUUUUCUAUUUUGGUAUUUAUAGCAUAAAGCAAUAGAAAGCGGACAGUUACGCUGUCGCUUGCUGUGUUUGGAUCAGGAUGUUAGCAGUUGUGGGCGGCGAUGUUAGUCUACAAGCGACUGGAACGCGAUCGAACCGCAGGGACCGGUGUGCAGAUACGGCCGGAUGGCGAUGCGAUGCGAUGCGAUGCGAUAAAUGGCGAGC